UGGAUUGGUCGAAUCCACUAAAAAAAAGUGAACGCGAGAUGUUUAGUUUAGCAUAACCAUCCUUGACACCAAACAAAACAAAUCAUAAGUAAAAUGCGAGUAGUGGAGUAGUGAACAAAAAUAAAUUAAACGGUUGAAGUGCACCAUGAGUCAAUCCAUAAAUGUGAAUGAUCUAAGUUAAUAUGUAUUCGUACUACGCAAAUAUUUACUACAAAAGUUUGCAUUUAAACUGGCAUCUAGUUUUACACACCUUAUUUUUCAUAGUUAAAGGAAUAAACUCUGCGCCACCUGAAUUAACGUUUAUAUUAAAUAAACAGAACGCGAGUCGCGUAGUACCUAUCUGGAUUGGUGAAGGUGAUGUUCUUAAUUCGGCGAUUGCGUGGAUAUAUCCAUUAGUAAACGAUGAAAAGGAUUUACCACAUAUUGUUUCCAAUUAUCUUCCCGCCACCAACAAUGCCUACAAUUGUAAUUUUGCGAAAUCGAAAUCGUGUAGUAAAAAAUGGGAAACGGGUGAAUGGAAAACUGCGGAAUUUGAUGUGCAUAGCUUCAAACCCAUUGUAGAUACACGGUGGGAAAAUUUCCCUACUUACUUAACGUCGAAUUUAACCAAAGACUUUAGUGUUAGGGUAGACAUUCCGAGUGUCUUUGAGAUUGGUAUCUCUGUAAGAGCGGCUAAAAAUGUGGAAGUUCUUGUUUGUGAGGGCUGGCAUCCCGAACGUUUCCCAUGUUAUUAUGUGAGUAUUGGAGGACCGGACAAUAAGCAAUCAUUUCUACGCAAGUAUAAAAACGGAAUACCAACUAAAUUCUCGGUAGAUGAUCCCAAACUUGCCAAAUACAAGCAUGAAAUCGGCGUACUAUCAGAAGAACUGUGGAAAACAUUUUCCUUGUCUCUUAAUGCUAAUGGAACAUUUAAAUUAAGGGAAUGUGUGACCAAUGUAACAAUACUGGAUUACAGUGAUAAAAGCGCUCUUAACCCGAUAAACGUUAUAGUUAGAAGUAAAAAUCAAAACGCCCUUUGGAAACUUCAUAAAAACGAGUAUCUUUUUACAACUAAACCAAAUAUAGCACGAUUUGGCCCCGAAUUGCAUCCCUAUGGAAGUCAGCUGUGUGUUGCCUUGUAUGUAUCAAUCUGUAAAUACUGUACUUUGCGAUUCUUCACGGUGCAAAACGGAAAAAAUGAAACACUGGGGGAAAUUGUUGGAGACAACGACUCGGACGAGCUGUUGUGGAAGGAGAUUAAACUAAUUCGCAGUAAUGUAUUUGAUGACACCUUACAAAUCUAUACGGAAACAUAUUACGUAGACAAGGCAGACCAUCAAAAUGGAUUUUGGGCGAUAGACGAUGUGAGAGUAUGUUCGGAAUAUGAAAUAAGAAUCAGCAAGUUAAUACUGAAUGAUAUGGCGUUUAACGAUUUUGAUGCGUCUCAUAUUACCUGCGAAAUUUUAAAAAAUCCAAAGUGGAGGCCCGUUCCCCGCGUUUCUAGUCCACUGACUGACGUAGUUUGUAACUCUUCUACCGCAACUUCAAUACGCAUGUAUUUGAAUUCUCCCUCCGAGGAUACUACCCAUCGACAAUACUCGAUUAUCCAAUACGAAGGAAACGAUAUUUGCCACAAUACUGAUGCUUCUAACAAAGAGCAGAAUAUACAGAGAGUAAAAUCUCAAGGUUAUCUAAUUGGAAAAGGUAAUCACAUAGAUAUACCAACUCUUGUGCCUUAUACCCUGUACAAUAUUCACUUUUGGAACAUAAUCGACGACAGUAAGAGAUUUUGCCAAAUGCACACGAUUCCGACAGAAGUACCAACAAAAGAGGAAAUACCAAAAGAUAUAAAAAUGACCAUUACUGACACUGCAAAUAUAAUUGAAUGGAACGAACCGAAAUGUACUGUAAAAUACGGACCAAUUGUGUACCAAGUUCAUGUGACAAAUCAAAAUAACAGUAACAGCAGUAUACUUUAUCUUGAAACUGACACACGUACUAAAUACAAAUUUGAUAAUCUGCAACCAUUCACAAACUAUACCGUCGAAAUUGAUACUGCGAGAAACUUUAAAGCUUUUCAGUUCAACACCUCCUACAUCGCAACGAUUUACAACUUUACAACAAAGGCAGGAGUUGCCCCAAAAGUGAAUAAUUUGGAACUGUAUAGUAUCAAUGAGAGAUCGGCUUCGAUUCGUUUCGAGUUGCCACCUUAUUGUAAAGGAUUGCCGAAAAUUGUCCAGGUUCGAUGGUGUCAUCCAUUGUUUUUAUCGGGAUGCUUAUCUGAUCUACAAAAUUUAACCAAAUGCAAAUUGUGGGACUCUAAAUAUUGCAUUGAAGUUAAUAAUUUGGUGACAGGUGGCGAAUAUGUGUUUAACGUCUCUAUUAAAAAUCAAGAUACGUUCAUAUUUAGUGAAGAGGCCUCAAUCAACGGAAAAGCCGUUCAAAGGGUUCCAGGCAAACCCAGCGGGCUCAUCUACAAUACAAUUAAGGGUAAAAACUACGGCUCGCCUUGUAAUUUAAAUAUAAGCUGGGAGCACCCUUACGACCAAAACGGAACAAUUACUUUGUUUGAAGUUUUCCUUGAAGAAACUAGUUACAAUUUCGCCGCAGACACUUCAAAAACUAUACACGAAAUCCUAAAAGUAGACAAGCAGAGUUACCAAAAGAGAUACAGUUGUGUUAUUAAUUAUGUUUCCUAUGACACUCCGUAUAAAAUUUCCGUGCGGGCGGUAAAUGACGACUACAAGGGCGAGUUUGAGUCCGUACAAAUUAAAACAGAAAGUGAAGAAACGUAUAGUGAUCCCACUCCAGAAUUUGUUAGCUGCACCAAUGAGACAAUAACAUUCAAGCUUCCUAAGCUGGAGGCAGGUUUAAAUUCUAGCAUGCUAAUCGUAAUAGUUCAAGAUUAUAAUAAUAGUAAAACGCACAUCUUAGAUGAUAUUGACAAGCUGGAAAUGUUUGGCGAGAAAUACAAAUUAUGCAAUGAAUUUGGAGAAAGCUGGGUUGCUAAAAAUUUGCUGCUUUCUAGUGGUGAACCGCCUCUGAUGGUGGUCGGUGACCGCAGCGUAAGUUAUGUCCCUCAACUUCAAAAAAAUGUCACGAAUAAACCCCUAAAACCGGACACAGAAUAUUGCUUUACUUUUGCAUUCGUCGACCAAGAAGAAAAUAUUGAUAGAUUUGAUGUUUAUCACUACAAGCACCUUUACACUCAACGAAACAGUAUGGCCGAAGCUCAGGAUGAUGUGGCAGGGGAAAGUAACAAUGUAGCCAUUUACGUUGUGCCAAUGUUAUGUAUAAUUCUCUUAGUUGGUUGUGGGGUGUGGUUUCUCAGAAGAUUCUUUAUAAAGAAACGAACGGAGGAACACAUUUACGAGUCUAUGCCAUUCGACGAUUACAUACCAGAUGCUGUGUCAAAUGAAAGCUAUGAUACCUUGGUUCAUAAUUAAUCCACGAGUAACUUAUUUAUGAUCUAGUCAACGGCAUACUUCAACGUACUUCUUUUUAUUUAUGAAUAGAACCCGUGUACAGUGACAGGUGUGUGCUUGUCAAUUUUAGUUUCUUAAGAUUUUAUUCCACAAGCGGGUAAACCUCACAGUAGUGCCAUUUAUGGAAGAUAUCAGACUGUAUACUUUUCGCGUCAUCAACCAAAUACUUUCUAAUAGUUGAUAGUAUUAACACA